AUCAUUUCUUUAAUCCAAACUAUUAAAAUUACGUAGCAUUGAGUCAAAAUUAACUCAACUAAUCCAUCGUCGUCGCUUUAUUUAGGCAUCCGACAUCGCCACCGCCUACUACACUUUCUUUCGCCUUUCGAUGUUAUGCUAAUUGCUAAAACCCUGACGAUGGCGAAACAUCUAGUCCCCUACGGUUGCAUCCUCCUCAUCACCACCGCCCUCGCUCUUUCUCCCCCAUCCACCGCCGUUGAUCCUUCUGAAGUUGGUUCUGCGGCUCGAUAUGAUUCCCCUUACACGCCCAAUGCGUGCCGAUAUGAUGAAGAGCGUCUACCCUCUGGUGGGCUAUUUGGGGCCAUUGAUCAAGUGUUAUGGAACAAGGGGAGCCAGUGUGGUACCAUCUACCAGGUAAGAUGUAUCAGUGAGGCUGGUGCUUGCCUUUAUGGUACAAGUAUAAAUAUCACCAUAGUUGAUCUUCUCCAAAAAACAGUAUCAGAGCCUUCCAACUAUGACGUUCUCUUUGCUCUCUCCUCAAAAGCGUAUGGCCUUAUCGCGGACCCGGCCAAAGAUUCAAUCAAAAUCCAAUUCCAGCGCCUUUGAGGUUUUCGUGCUUCCUUUCAUCCUUAAUUUUUUUCCCCUUUUAAAUAUAUUUUCCAUUUUUCU